UGCCCUACCUACAUGCACCCGUUUCUUUCCCAAAUCACUGCAGGUGUUUGCAUACGGAUAUUUGAAUUGGCACAGCACCACCACUUCGCAACCUCCUACCCUCUCUUCCGCCGUCACCCACAACAUCAGGGGGAAUACAAGAAACACCCCAAUAACAUGGGAGGCGUUGACGAGACAAAAACAGGGGAAGAAGAGAAGCAGAAGAGUACCACACCAUUAGAUUACAUCGUCAUCAAAGAAGGAGAGGCCGAGAUUUUGAUGCAUACCAAAAAUGAAGUAUUUUACAAUAAAACCCAGGUUAACAACAGAGAUAUGUCUAUUGCUGUUCUGAGGACAUUUAUAUCUAAACGUAAAGAUGAACAUGAAGCACUAUUGUCUAAAAGAAAGAAAAAAAUGUUGAAGGUAUCAGAGGACAAUGAUUCUAGAUUAAAAGCACCAAGUGAGUCUACUAUGACUGAUGGAAAAUGUAAUGGCGAAUGUGAAGAGAUGCCACAGGAUGAAUCGUAUGGCACCUGCGAAGAACCAGAGAAAACACCAGAGGGUAAAGAACAAGGGGAAUUAAUGCCACCUAGAGUACUUGAGGCUCUAUCAGCUUCAGGGUUAAGAGCUCUAAGAUAUGCUCGUGAAAUAGAAGGGAUCGGACAAGUUGUGGCACUGGACAACGAUAAAGCAUCUGUAGAAGCUUGCAGGAGAAACAUUAAGUUCAAUGGUUCAGUUGCAAGUGAAAAGGUGGAAUCAAACCUUGCUGAUGCUCGAGUCUAUAUGCUUACUCAUCCAAAGGAAUUUGAUGUGAUUGAUCUUGAUCCUUAUGGUUCACCCUCUGUGUUCCUGGACUCUGCGGUUCAGUCGAUUGCCGACGGAGGGAUGUUGAUGUGUACAGCAACAGAUAUGGCAGUGCUAUGUGGAGGCAAUGGAGAAGUCUGCUAUUCCAAAUAUGGUUCCUACCCACUGAGAGGAAAAUAUUGCCACGAAAUGGCUUUGCGGGUCCUCCUUGCAUGCAUCGAGAGUCAUGCAAAUCGGUACAAGCGAUUCAUAGUCCCAGUGUUAUCCGUUCAGAUGGACUUCUAUGUCAGGGUAUUCGUCCGCAUAUAUACUUCAGCUAGUGCAAUGAAGAACACUCCGCUUAAGCUUUCGUAUGUUUAUCAAUGUAUUGGUUGUGAUUCUUUUCAUCUCCAGCCACUGGCCAGGACUGUCUCUAAGACUACGAGCGUCAGAUAUCUCCCAGGGUUUGGUCCAGUUGUUCCCCAAAAGUGCAGCGACUGCGGUAAGAAAUAUAACAUGGGAGGACCCAUAUGGUCGGCUCCUAUUCAUGAUCAAGAUUGGGUGACAUCCAUAUUAGCAGACGUUAAAUCUAUGAAGGAACGCUAUCCUGCUUUUAAUCGGAUUUCUGCCGUCCUGACAACCAUUUCAGAGGAAUUACCAGAUGUUCCCCUUUUCUUGAGUUUGCACAAUCUUUGUGGUACUCUUAAGUGCACUUCUCCAUCGGCAGUGGUAUUUAGAUCUGCUGUGAUCAACGCUGGAUAUCGUAUCUCUGGAACUCAUGUGAACCCAUUAGGGUUAAAAUCUGAUGCUCCUAUGGAUGUCAUAUGGGAUAUCAUGCGUUGUUGGGUUAAAAACCAUCCUGUGAAAGCCCAACCUCCAGAGCAGGCUGGAAGUGUGAUCCUAGCCAAGGAACCUCAGAUUCAGGUUAAUUUUGCUCAAUCAGUUGCAUCACUUAGCAAAGCUCGAGCAAAGAAGGUUGCACGGUUCCUUCCAAAUCCGGAAAGGCAUUGGGGACCGAAGCUAAGGGCUGCUCGCACCAUAACUAGCAUUGCUAUCAGCGCACUUGCCUGAGCAAAUUGUCACAAGAAUUCAGUUCUUUUGACAUCCAUUUAUCCAACGCCAACUAGUCAGUCGUCAAUUCUUCUAAAUCUGGCACCUGUCACCAGAAAAGUUGGAAGUAUGAAAGAGCAUGCUAGAUUUUUUGGAGCAGAAACUUGAAGCCCAAAAUGAUAAUUCGAUGAAGAUGAUGCGGACUAUAAAACAGGACCAAUACAACUGGUGUUGUUGGGUAUGUUCCUAGACUUGAGUUUCCUGAAUGUGGAUAAAAGAAUGCAACAACUACUUCAAUCUUUGCAAAAGUUCUGAUGUUGAUUUGGCUUUGCUUGAAUAUGGUGGAUAAGGCUGAAACCUAUUAUGAACCAAUAUAUAGAUUUCUAUAUAUUGGACCAUUUUGGUUUGUAUAGUUAACAUAAAAAA